AUGCGGGGAGUUCAAAUAUUCUCUGGGAAUUCCCAUCCCGGUCUCGCAGAUACCAUCUGCGAGCGCUUAGGGACGGUCCCUGCCAAAGCUAACCUGGGAAAAUUUGCCAAUGGCGAAACCAGUGUCAACAUCGGCACAUCAGUGCGGAACCAGGAUGUCUAUAUCAUCCAGAGUGGUAGUGAGAAGAUUAACGACAGUGUAAUGGAGCUCCUGAUCAUGAUCUCAGCAUGCAAGGGUGGCUCUGCCAAGUCGAUCACAGCGGUCAUGCCAUAUUUCCCCUACUCGCGCCAAUCUAAGAAGAAGAGCCAUCGCGGUGCCAUCACGGCCCGCAUGCUCGCCAAUCUCCUCACGAUCGCCGGCGUGGACCAUGUGAUUACCAUGGACCUUCACGCAUCCCAGAUGCAAGGGUUCUUCGGCAAGCCGGUUGACAACCUCUUCGCUGAACCGUUCAUUGCCCGCUGGAUCCGGAUGAAUGUUCCCAGCUGGAAGGACGCUGUCGUCGUCAGCAAGAAUGCCGGCGGCACCAAGCGCGUCACUUCGUUGGCCGAUACCCUGAAGCUGAACUUCGGUAUCGUUACCACGGACCGUCGCCGCCCCAAAGUGCCCGUCAACACUAUGUCUGACAGCACAGUCUUCUUCGAUGCCGUGGAUGACGAACCAAGCGUAGGCAAGAAGGACUCGCAGCCGUUUGAGCUGCACUUGCACAAUUCUCGCAGAGCCCCUGCAACUCCCCCAAUUCCGGAGGAGCCGGAGCCAGUCACGCCACACCAGCUGCUGCGCCCUGAGACCCCACCUGCGGCUCGCCGUCCGUCGGAGCUGGAAGCAGCUAACGAGUACACGGACGUGCGAGUUCGGGAUGUGAUCACCGGCCGUCUGGUGCAAGGCCAAUUGGUGGAUGACGACUACCGCAUCAAGGAAGAGUCAGAAUCCGGUGGCACCACACCCGGAGCUGCAAGCAGCAGCCAAGAUAACACAGAGGCCAUCCCCGAUGCCAUGACUGGCUCGAUGAUCUCAAAUACUUCCUCGCAACCUCCUGAUCAUGCGCUCGGUGGAUCCUUUGAUGCAGCUGAAUCUGAUGAUGAGGCCAGUGUCUGUGGCCCCUCCGAUGAAAGGACUAUCACUCUUGUUGGUGAAGUGCGCGACCGACCUGUCUUCAUUGUUGAUGACAUGAUUGACAAGAGCGGUUCGUGGAUUGCGGCCGCAGAGACUGUCGUCAAGCGCGGUGGUGCUAGCAAGGUCUACUGCAUUGCCACGCACGGGUUGUUUACCGAAGAAUCUCUCGACCAGAUGGAAGGAUGUCGAUCAAUCGAUCACAUUGUUGUGACCAACACCUUCCCGAUCCCACCGUCAAUGUUGCGGCGAUCGAAGAAAUUGAUUGUCAUUGACGUGUCAAGUCUAUUGGCAGAGAGCAUUCGGAGGCACCAUUAUGGCGAAAGCGUCUCGGCCCUCUUCCACCUUAACGACUGA